GUUGUGAAUCCCCGAAAGGCAUAUAAUCCUUCCUGCAAUCAAUUUGAAAUUCUGGUUUUACGUCGCCACGUGACGAUGCCACGUUCUCAGCUUGCUAACUUUCUUGAAUUCGCUGAAGUAUUCCCAGAUGACAUUCGGUGUGGACCUCGAUCUUUGCUCUCACUACAACGAAAAAAAUUGAUGAGCAGUAAACCGAAAAUCUACUCUGUUAUAAUGGAUUUUCCGUAUUUUUCUUGCGGUUACUCUUCCGCUGUGGCUUAAGGCACUGCACCCGAAUCUGAUCCUUACAGAUCCUUACCAGCUUACCCUGACUAUUGCCGCGCUCUCCGAAAUCAAGAGAAAGAGGCAGUGUUGAGUCGUCACCAUCACCAACCCGCAUCCAUCUAUCCUUGGGAGGUCUCCUUGUAGACGGGCCACUUCUCUUCUCUUACUGCCCCAUGCUACCACUCUUUCUUUUCUGGACGCUGGUCGCUCAUUCUCUUCUGCUAGCCGCUGCCCAAGAUUUCACUCCUUCGUCUUCCUGGCGAAGUUCGAAUGUAACCACGUCCGAAAGUGACCGUAUAAGCAUUGCAAGUGCCGCCCUGGACAAGACGGUCGGCCUUCUCCAGAGUGAUGGCUCAUUCAAUGAUUCUGCUUAUGGUACACCCGGGACGUUUUACGCUGAAAUGGCCGAGUUCGACAGAGUAACAAAUCAAACAAAAUACAAAGACGUGUUGAAGAAAUACUUUCCGCUCAUUGAGAAAACCCGUACGAACUAUUUGGACGAAUUCGCCUAUGGUUAUGCAGCUGCCCGUGCCUAUGCAAUCUACCAAGACGACACAUUCUUGGACUACGCCGUGACCUCUUGGACCUCCGCAAGACUAUACACCCUCUCCGACAGUGAUAUUUCGUCCAAAACCACUGCCGGAAAAUCAUUCAAUGUACAGCCUACGUGCCAAGGCAUCAGCAUGGCUGGAGGCACUUUUUGGGAAACUGACUCCGAUAAUCCAAGCAUCGUUGGGUUAGCCACGGGUGUAUCUGCUCUGCUGGCCGAGGCGACUGGCAAUGAGACCUAUCUGAACGCUGCCACCGAAUCUGCUACCUUUAUCCAUUCACACCUCUAUAAUGUACAGAACGUGGUCCAGGAUUCCAUUUCGGCCAGACAGAAUGACUCAUGCGCGGUUGGUUCAGGGACAAAUCCCUAUAAUUCCGGGUUGUUCAUCGAGGGCCUAGCUAUACUAGCUUCGAUCAGUGGAAACGCUACCACGCAAACUUUACUUCGUGAGACUGUAGCAGCGGCGGUGGCUAAUGAUGCAUGGCAAGGCAAUGAUGGCGUCAUUGCUAACGGGGGUUCCAAGAGUGGCGACCUCCUUAUGAUGCGUGGCCUGGGCACGUUAUAUUGGCGGAACACCACGUAUUCUGAUAUGCGAAACUAUGUGAAGGAAUACAUCGGUGUGCAGUAUAAUGCUGUCCUUGAACAAGCGACAUCAAACGGAACCAAUGUAUACGGUGCUUCAUGGAUUGGACCGCCAAGCUCUGUCUUCUCGAGUGACAACCAAACUAUAGCCCUGAGCGUUCUCAUCAACGGGAUGCUGCUCAAAGACCAAGAACCCCCUUCGUCAAACAGCUCAGAGUCGGAGUCUGGUUCGAGCUCUGGUUCGGGUUCGGAAAAUUCAGGAUCGUCUUCCAGUUCCGCAGGCGCCAUAGCAGGAGGUGUUAUUGGAGGUAUUGCCCUCCUCGUCAUUAUCGGUGUCGUCAUGUUCUUCCUUCGCCGGCGGCGACAACGCGAGAAAAGGCGGAUGUCCGUCUUACUGGACGAUGACUUCGCUCCAUCACCAUUAUCACCCCCUGCACCUACGCCGUUCAUGAUGGCGCCUCUGACCACUACUCACUCGAGCUCUGACAGACAGUCAUCUUCCCCAAUGACCAGUCAGAGAUCCGAAAAGAUACCAGCAGGAGGACAUAAUCGUAUUGGGCAGUCAUCUUCUAGCAUGGGGGAGAAAGCUGCUCUUCUGCAUGCUCAGUCAACGGUGAGCCUGCAAGAAGGUGGCUCGUCGGUGCCUCAGUUAGCAACGGCUGAACCCGCACCCGCACCUGCCGGGUCUUCGAAUGAGGAACCGCAAAGGGUUAACUUGCCCACGGAGGAAUUGGUCAGACUGCUGAAUGAGAGGUUGCAAGCAGGGGGUCAUUGGGAUGAGGAUGAACUGCCGCCAGAAUAUCAUCCUGAAGUUCGGCCAUCAUGACGGACAUGAUUGAUUUAUUUGAGGGAUCCUUUUUUGUCGGUAUCUUCUUGUUGAGACUUAUACCUCCACAACUAAAUUAUGUGGUGGUUGGCACCUGUAUAUUAUUAUUACUUGUACCGGCUGUACCCAAGCUAUACCUUACAUUUUUUUGUGUAGCAAUUACAUACAAUGUUCAUUCUUUAUAUCCCGGUCCGUCUAUGCCUGGGAAAAACUGACAUGGACGCGACAGGCAUGUGAUCG